UGCCUCCUUUUUUGCUGGCUAUAAUUGGACUUUGAAGCCUAGAAGUUCUAUCAUAAAAAUUUGUACCCUUUGUUUGAGAGAGAGCUCGGCUAAGCAAUCACUUUCCACUUCUUUUCACAGGAUAAUAUAAACGUUUUUUUGAAAGCUUGUGAACAGAUUGGAUUGAAAGAAGCCCAGCUUUUCCAUCCUGGGGAUCUCCAGGAUUUAUCAAACCGAGUCACUGUCAGGCAAGAAGAGACUGAUAGGAGAGUGAAAAAUGUUUUGAUAACAUUGUACUGGUUGGGAAGAAAAGCACAAAGUAACCCGUACUAUAAUGGACCCUAUCUUAAUUUGAAAGCAUUUGAGAAUCUUCUAGGACAAGCUCUGACUAAGGCUCUAGAAGACUCCAGCUGCCUGAAAAGGAGCGGCAGGGACAGUGGUUACGGGGAUAUCUGGUGUGCUGAACGUGGAGAAUUUCCUACUUCUCCAGGCAACCAUAAGCGAGAAGAUUCCUUUGAAAGCUUGGACUCCUUGGGGUCUAGGUCAUUCACAAGCUGCUCUUCUGAUAUCACAUUGAGAGGUGGACGUGAGGGUUGUGAAAGUGACACAGAUUCUGAAUUUACAUCCAAAAUGCAGGAUUAUAAUAAAGAUGAUAUGUCCUAUCGAAGGAUUUCAGCCAUUGAACCAAAAUCUGCUUUACCGUUCAAUCGUUUUUUGCCCAAUAAAAGUAGACAGCCAUCCUAUGUGCCGGCGCCACUGAGGAAGAAAAAGCCAGACAAAAAUGAGGAUAACAGAAGAAGUUGGGCCAGCCCGGUGUAUCCAGAAGCAGAUGGAACAUUUCCAAGUAACGAGAGGAGAACUUGGGGCAGAAAUGUGGAGAACUGGCCAAGAGUACAAGAAGCUUCAAAGUCCUCUUGUUACUUGGAAGUGGAAGAAGAAAAGACAAGCUUGCCCAACACCAUCAAGGAUGAUCUUUAUGUGCGAAAGCUAAGUCCAGUCAUGCCAAACCCAGGGAAUGCUUUUGAUCAGUUUCUUCCCAAAUGUUGGAUCCCAGAAGAUGUGAACUGGAAAAGAAUAAAAAGAGAAACUUACAGACCAUGGUAUAAAGAAUUUCAGGGAUUCAGUCAGUUUUUAUUACUUCAGGCACUCCAAACAUACUCUGAUGACAUCUUAUCUUCUGAAACAAAUAUCAAAAUUGAUCCCACUGCUGGCCCAAGGCUCAUAACACGCAGAAAGAAUCUCUCUUCUGCACCGGGGUAUAAAAGAGAUGACCUUGAGAUGUCAACCCUCGAUCCUGACUUAGAGAAUGAUGAUUUCUUUGUCAGAAAGACUGGAGCUUUCCAUGCAAAUCCAUAUGUUCUCCGGGCUUUUGAAGACUUUAGAAGGUUUUCCGAGCAAGAUGAUCCUGUAGAGCGAGAUAUAAUUCUGCAGUGUAGAGAAGGUGAACUUGUACUUCCAGAUCUAGAGAAAGAUGAUAUGAUUGUACGCCGAAUCCCAGCACAGAAAAAAGAGGUGCCUCUGUCAGGGGCCCCAGAUAGAUACCAACCAGUCCCUUUCCCCGAACCCUGGACUCUUCCUCCAGAAAUUCAAGCAAAAUUCCUCUGUGUACUUGAAAGGACGCGCCCACCCAAAGAAAAAAGGAAGAGCUGUAGAGUAUUAGUGCCUUCCUACAGGCAGAAGAAAGAUGACAUGUUGACUCGCAAGAUCCAGUCUUGGCAGCUGGGGACGACUGUGCCUCCUGUCAGUUUCACCCCUGGUCCCUGCAGUGAGGCAGACCUCCGGAAGUGGGAGGCCAUCCGGGAGGCCAGCAGACUUAGGCACAGGAAACGGCUGAUGGUCGAGAGACUCUUUCAAAAGAUUUAUGGUGAGAAUGGGAGUAAGUCCAUGAGUGAUGUCAGCGCGGAGGAUGUUCAGAACUUGCGUCAGCUGCGUUAUGAGGAGAUGCAGAAAAUAAAAUCACAAUUAAAAGAACAGGAUCAGAAGUGGCAAGAUGACCUUGCAAAAUGGAAAGAUCGUCGAAAAAGCUACACUUCAGAUCUGCAGAAGAAAAAGGAAGAGAGGGAAGAAAUCGAAAAGCAGGCACUCGAGAAGUCUGAGAGAAGCUCUAAGGUGUUUAAGGAAAUGCUACAGGACAGGGAAUCCCGAAAUCAAACGUCCAUAGUUACCUUGAGGAGGAGGUUGCAUUCUUCUGAUGACAUAUUGUAUGAAGAGAUGCUUUCCCCUACACUGACCAUGUCAGAAGCAAGUUACCAGAGUGAGAGAGUAGAAGAGAAGGGAACAGCAUAUUCUACAGAAAUUCCUAAACAAGAUUCCACGACUUUUGCAAAAAGAGAAGAUGCUGCGGCCGCUGGCGUUCACCUUCCUUCUAAAAGCCCCAUCAAAGAACAACUCCCAGACUCUUUGUCCUCUCAGCCUUCACUGACGACACAAAGAGAGUCGACUCGAGUUUCAGCCUCUCUCCCCAGAAGUUACCAGAAAACUGAUACAGCCAGGUUAACAUCUGUGGUCACACCGAGACCUUUUGGCUCUCAGGCAAGGGGAAUCUCAUCACUCCCGAGAUCCUACACGAUGGAUGACUCUUGGAAGUAUAACGGAAAUGUAGAAGAUGCUAAGAGAACUCAGAACAGCCUGGUCAGCACCUCUGUACAGAGACCUGACCUAAGCCAGCUCGUUUCCAGCAAGUCCAGCGAGAGAGAGAGAGCCGAGGUGGGAGAAGGUGUGACGGGGCCGCCGUCCCCUACACCCUCCUUCUCAUCCCUUUCCCAGGACCAGGCUGACACUUCCAGAGCCACACUGUCUUCCACAUCUGGCCCCGAUUUAACGUCUGAGUUUGGAGAAGGGGGAAGCUCACCACAAAUGGAGGACUCAAGAUCGCAGGAUCAGUUCAGUGAUAUGAGAAUCAGCAUAAACCAGAUGCCCCGGAGCGGUCUUGACUUUGGGUUUACAGUAAAAUGGGCAUUGUCUGGGAUCUUCGUUGCAUCAGUCGAAGCAGGUAGCCCAGCAGAAUUUUCCCAGCUACAGGUAGAUGAUGAAAUUAUUGCUAUUAACAACACCAAGUUUUCAUAUAAGGAUACAAAAGAGUGGGAGGCAACCAUGGCUAGUGCUAAAGAAACUGGAAAGCUAGUAAUGGAUAUCAGGCGCCAUGGAAAGUCUGGUUCACCCGAAACAAAGUGGAUUGAUACAACUUCUGGAAUUUACAACUCAGACAAAUCUUCAAGUCUGUCAAUAACAACUGAUUUCUCAGAAAGCCUCCAGCAUUCUAGUACUGAAUCCAAGGAAAUGAAUGGAAUUCGUGAUGAAACUACUACUUUUGAAUCAAAAGCAUCUGAACCUAUUUCUUUGAAAAACUUAAAAAGGCGAUCACAAUUUUUUGAACAAGGAAGCUCGGAUUCUGUAGUUCCUGAUCUUCCGGUUCCGACCCUCAGUGCCCCGAGCCGCUGGGCGUGGGAUCAGGAGGAGGAGCGGAAGCGGCAGGAGAGGUGGCAGAAGGAGCAGGACCGCCUGCUGCAGGAAAAAUAUCAACGUGAGCAGGAGAAACUCAGGGAAGAGUGGCAAAGGGCUAAGCAGGAAGCUGAGAGAGAGAAUUACAAGUACUUGAAUGAGGAGCGGAUGGUCCUGAGCUCAAACAGCAUUUCUCUGCCCACGCGGGAGCCCACCGCGGCCGCCUGGGAAGCCUCCUGGGGUGAGGGGUCCAAGUCGUCCGAUCAGGAAGGAAGCCGAGCAGGGGAAGAGGAGACGAGAGAGCCGCCCAAGGACGACGCAGAGGAGGACCAAAGGAAGAAGCUGCAGGAGCACCUGGCUCUUGAGGAAGAGACGAAACUGAGGGAGCAACAGUGUCAGCAAGAGCAGGAGCAGAAGCGGCGGCAGGAGGCGGCCCAGGAGCAGACCCGCCCGGCAGAGAGAGAGAGGGAGACUUCAGUCAAGAUAUACCAGUACAGAAGACCUGUUGAUUCCUAUGACAUACCAAAGAGAGAGGAAAAAUCUUCAGGGUUGCUUCCUAGUGACAGGAACAAAUCCAGAUCCACAACUGAGCUGGAUGAUUACCCUACAAAUAAAAAUGGAGGCAAUAAAUAUUUAGACCAAAUUGGGAGCACUAGCUCAUCACAGAGGAGUUCCAAGAAGGAACAAGUCCCAUCGGAAGCAGAAUUAGAGAGACAACAAAUCCUUCAAGAAAUGAGGAAGAGAACAUCUCUUCUCAAUGACAGCAGCUGGAUCCGACAGCGCAGUUCCAGCGUAAAUAAAGAGCCCAUUUGUCUACCUGGGAUUAUGAGAAGAGGUGAAUCUCUAGAUAACCUGGAUUCCCCAAGAUCCAAUUCUUGGAAACCAUCCCCUUGGCUCAAUCAGUCUUCAGGAGUCCAUGCUUCUUCCUCCAUUCAAGACUUCAGUCGCCCCCCGCCUCAGCUGGUGUCCACCUCAAACCGGGCCUACAUGCGCAAUCCAUCCUCCAGCAUCCCCCCUCCUUCAGCGGGGUCUGUGAAGACCACUACUGCGCCUUCCCCCACACCACGCAGCCAUUCUCCUUCAGCAUUGCAGCCGAGCUCCCAGCUACGCAAUAGGUCAGUCAGUGGGAAGCGCGUGUGCUCCUACUGUAAUAACAUUCUGGGCAAAGGAGCUGCCAUGAUGAUCGAGUCCCUGGGUCUUUGUUAUCAUUUGCAUUGUUUUAAGUGUGUGGCCUGUUCGUGUGACCUCGGAGGCUCCUCUUCAGGAGCUGAAGUCCGAAUCAGAAACCACCAGCUCUACUGCAACGACUGCUAUCUCAGAUUCAAAUCUGGACGGCCAACCGCCAUGUGAUGUAAGCCUCCAUACGAAAGCACUGUUGCAGAUAGAAGAAGAGGUGUUUGCUGCUGAUGUAGAUCUAUAAAUAUGUGUUGUAUGUCUUUUUUGCUCUUUUUUUAAAAAAGGAUAACACUUUUUUUUAAAAUUUUUUGCCUCUUUAGAUUACAUCAGAGCAUUAUAGUCUUGGUAGCACCUGUAUUUUUGUUGUU